AUGUUGAAACGUGGAGCUCAAGGCCCUCAAGGGUCCAAAGAAGACGAGGGCGCUUUCGGUAUGGCUAGCACUCCGGAUGAUAAACCCCACCGGGCGACAGCAGCCCAGUUAGCCAGCAGAAAGAUCAAGGAUGUCCGCAAACGCCGGGCUCCAACUCCCACAACCGGCGGAGGCGCACCUGAUGCGGCUUCAUUUAACCCUUUCGCAUCCGCGGCCCCUGCCGCGGCACCAGCACCUACCCAGUCGACUGGGUUCACAUUUGGCCAGACUCAGAGCCAGAGCUUCCCCGGGGCAAGCUCGGGGCCCAGUCAGGGUGGAAUAUUCUCGUCGGGCACUAACGGCCAGGCAGGUGGUCAGGCGUCCUUCAGCUUCGGCGCGGGACCUACCUCAUUUGGAUCUGCACCGUCGAGCAAUCCUUUUGCUGUAAACACAUCAUUUGGCGGGAAUACCCAGUCAAGUACCAAUGGUUUCAGCUUUGGGGGAUUCAAUGCCGGAAAUCAGUCCACUCCGUCCUUCGGUGGAUUCGGAGCACAACAGAACACAAACACUCCAGCAAAGCCCGUCCUCUUUGGGCAGUCUGCAGCACAUACGACUUCGCCUGCCGAUGACAGCAUGCAAACUUCACCCGAUACUAAGCCUAAGGGAGGUUCCAUGUUUUCAUCCAAGCCACCCGCAGGUCCGUCGGCACUUGGUAAUCCAUUCUCGAACCUUUCAGGAGAUAAUGCGUCCAGCAAUCCAUUUGCACCAAAGGCAAUUACAACUGAGAAACCAGCCGACAAACCAGCCGAGACCCAGCCCUUCAAGCCACUUUUCGGAUCAACCCCCGCCGCCUCGAAGCCUGUGGAUGGAGAGAAGCCAACAGCCAGCAAUCCAUUUGCGAACUUGUCAGGGCAGGCUCCAACCAGCAGCACCAACCUGUUUGCCCCAAAGACAACGGCAGCGGAGCAGACCCCUGCGAAGCCCGCAGAGGCUGCGAAGCCUUUUGGUGCUCUUUUCGGGUCGACCUCCAGUUCUCAGCCCUCGGGGCCUGCUAGCAAUAUAUUUGCGCCCAAACCAGCGACAGAAGAACCAAAGGCGAGUAAUCCAUUUGCAAACCUGUCAGCGCCGAGUUCAUUUGGCGCUUUGUCCUCGCCAAAGGUUACUGGGACCGAAAGUUCUGUAAAGGCUGCCGAAGCACAACCGUUCAAGUCCCUGUUUGGUACACCUGCAGCAUCAAAAGUUUUGGAGGCUGGAAAAGAGCAGACGGCUACGCCAGCAUUUGGUAAUAUGUUCUCGCCGAAGCCGGCCGCCGAGAACGCGGCUGCAACGCCUGCACCGGACCAGCCGUUCAAGUCCAUGUUUGGUACACCUGCGGUGUCAAAAGUUUCGGAGGCCGCAAAAGAACAGACUGCUUCACCGGCAUUUGGCAAUAUGUUCUCGCCAAAGCCAGUUGCCGAGAGUACGCCUGCAAAGCCAUCCGAGGACAAGCCGUUCAAGCCCAUGUUUGGAACACCUGUGGCUGAGAAGGAACUAUCACCGGCGAGUAGUGUUUUUGCACCGAAGGUGACAAGCGAAAAGCAGACCCCUUUACCUGCGAAAGUCUCGCCGUUCGGCUCAAUGUUCGGGGCGUCCCCUGCGCCGUCGAAGCUUGGAGAAGAAAAGGCAACCCAGCCGACACCUACCAAUCCAUUCGCGAACCUGUCAGGGCAAAACGCAUUCAGUAACCCAUUCGCGCCGAAGCCGACAGAGCAGGCUGCAACGCCCCAGCCACCGAGCACUUCUCUCUUGGGUGCAAGUACAGCAGUUGACAACAAUAAAGACAAUAACAUUGCAGGUUUAAAUGGCUCAUUGACUAGCCCAUUCACCGCUGCGCCUAAGGUGUCGAGUGAACCUCCAACGGAAGGUGCGACGAAACCUGCGACACCUCAUGUGUCGUUCGCGCAGUCUCCACGCGACCAUAAAAUCUCGUCUUGUUUACCUGUCCCCUCGUCCUCUUCUCUCCCCUCGUCCUCCUCUCUCCCCUCUUCCUCCUCAACCUCUACUGUCUCCAACACUUUUACUGCUUCAAAUCCUGACAGUCUUUUCCCUCGACCUGAUCGUCCUGUGUCAAUUGACUAUCCUGUAUCAACCGAAGACUUUGACGAAAUGCCGCUCAAACGUCUUUUCCCUGAGAAAAACCGGGAUGAGCUUCGAGGCCGAGCCCAUUUGCUCAUGAGGAUUGGCGUCUUGACUGAGUCGUUCAAGCGUGAGAUCGCUAAAUGCGACCCCAUGACAGAUGAUAUUGACGAAGUCCUUAUUCUUUACGCCGAGCUUCGCCGUGAGCUUGGUGUCCCCGUUGGGUCGAUUAACCCGGAAGAAGAGGCCAAACGCGCUGCCAUCAACGAACGUGAUGCCGCUGAGGAAGCGGCAGAUGGCAACGCGCCUCCCCGGAUCCCGACCCCUCCGACCUUCGUACCUCCUGCUCUUGAUGAUAGACGCCCAGCGCUUUCUACCAAGCCUUUUGGUGGAUCUACUACUUCCUCCAAGUUUGCUCAAUCCUUCUCUGCUCCGGAUCCUGCUCCGGCAACUACUUCUGCUGGCACUUCUUCCGCCUCGAGUGCUGGUCCUUCGUCUCCGGCCGCGGCUCCUGUUCCUCCUGCGCCUGUCGCCAGGGCUGAGCCUUCUCCUCCCACUGCCAGCCCUGCUGCUACUCCUGUAGCUCCCCCUGCCGUUGAAGCUCCUAAGUUCGGUGGUGCGGCAACUUCAACCACCACCUCGGCUGCUGGAGUUGCUAAGUCUGGCGAUGCCGCUACUCCAGCCGCCGCCCCUGCUUUCCAAAUGCCCAAGUUUGGUAAUGCCGCUACUUCAGCCGCCGCCCCUGCUUUCCAAUAUCCCAAGCUUGGUGAUGUAGCUACUUCAACCGCCGCCCCUGCUUUCAAAAUCCCCAACUUUGGUUCGGCUACUGGCGUCGAUUUUGCGGCCCAGUUCAAGUCAAAGUCGGACAGCGCCAUAGCUGAUGCAAAGGCCAAGAGAAAGGCUGAAGAGUUUGACUCUGAUGAGGAGGAUGAGGCGGAGUGGGAGCGCAAAGAUGAGGAACGCCAACGCGCUAAGCGCGCUGAAAUCGAAGCUGCAGCUAAAAAGCGUGCCGUUUUUGUUCCCGGCGAGGGUUUCAAGUUCGUUGAUGACACUGCUCCACAGAACGUUGAGGAGCCUGCAACAUCUGCCACCCCUGCCACUCCUACCCCUAACAUGUUCCCUCCUUUUACUUCUCCCUCCACCACAUCUACUAAAGCGAACGGCACUUCCUCUUUGUCUUCCUCAAGUUUCCAACCCGGGUUCCCUAAGUCAUCAUCUCCUCAGUCGUCUGAAUUCUCGACUUUCGUCGGAACAGCCACGCGUUCGCCUGCGGAUGCCGCGCUCUUUGGUGGCAAGCCUGGAGCCCCGCCUUCUUUCUUCGGUGCAGGCGCUCCUAGCUCUGUCAGUUCCUCGGUUUUCGGAUCGUCCAGUAAGCCGGUCCCAGCCUCGCAGAACAUUUUCGGCGGCCUCCAGCCGACCUCGCCGAAACGCAAGACCUCCGCAGAUGAAAGUGACGACGACGAUGAUUCCCCGGCAAAGAAGCCGAAGUCCUCCCAGAACAUUUUCGGUGCACCCAAGCCGCCCUCACCGAAACGCAAGGCCUCUGUGGAUGAAAGUGACAACCAUAAUGAUUCUCCCGCAAAAAAGACGAAGCCGUCGCCUCCCCCUCCUUCUGCGGGCGCCAGUAUGUUUGGACGAGUCUCCACUGCACCGCUGGCUCCUUCUAUCAAUUCCUCUGCACAGCCCGUGAUGCCCACUCCCUCCACUGCCACUGAAGAUGAGGAGGGUGAACCUGGUGAAAUUUUCGAUCUGACAAAGGGCAACGGCGGCGAAGAAGAAGAAACUGUUAUGUUUGAAGACAAAUCCCGGGUUUUCAAACUUGAGGAUAAGUGGGUGGCCAAAGGAACCGGUCCCGUCCGCGUUUUGAAGCACCCUGUCACUGGACGUGCGCGGAUCGUCGCCCGUGCCGAACCGAGUGGAAAUGUCACCUUGAACAUUCUCCUGAAGAAAGAGUUCGACUACAAGCUCACCACUAACAGUGUUCAGUUCCUGGUGCCCAACGAGACUGGGGCUCUCACACAUUGGGCCGUUCGAGUGAAGGGUGAGAGACUACGUGAGUUCCACCAGCUGGUCAACGAUAUCAAGAACUAG